AUGGAUUCUCUGAAUAAUCUCUCGGAUGUCUUCCAAGAGGCUACUCGAACGAAGAAUGAAAUCGACGAUCUACUGAGUCGGAUGGGAGAGGCAGGUUUAAACUCCUCCUCCUCCUCCUCUUCCCAACGGUCUAGUCGGUCUGCCGAAAGUGAAGUUGCGAUGCAACAGCGUUUGGCUAUGUUGAUGCAACAGCUGGUGAAGCUGACCAACCGAUUGGAGGAACUGUCCAAGGGGCCACAAGGGACUCCAAUGUGGCGGAAGAGGGCAGGGAGGAUGCGAGACGAUCUCGACAGCAUCAAAGUCACCACCGACCGGCUCUUGAGUCACAUCUUCCGUACGCGUCAACGGGAGAAACUUUUUGGGGGUAAAAGUUCAUCGGAGAGGAACGAGGCUGAUGAAUCGGCGGAGUCCCAAUUACUACGAGAGCGGCAAGCCCUUCAAAGCAGUGCUGGCAUGCUAGAGGGGAUCUUGGGUCAAGGGACGGCCACUUUGGGGAAGAUGUCGCAGCAGAACGCCGUGUUGAAGACAACUCGUCGUAAGAUGUAUGAUGUCCUCAAUGCCGUUGGCCUGUCAUCGACUUUGAGUACGAGUAUCGAUAGGAGGCAGAGGGUCGAUGCUUGGAUAGUGCGAGGAGGGAUGGUUUUCGUUCUCGUCCUGUUUUUCCUACUUUAUUAUUUUUUCCGGGCAUCUGCACGAAAGUGAAGUCCCCCCCGCUCCUUUACCGAUACAUUUACUGCUGCCAUUACUUCUAUUA